AAAUUUAUUUCCAUUCUGCAUAAUUUUCAACUUGAUUCAUCCAGUUUGUAAUAGGGAGAGAAACCUGGAGUGGACUGCUUGUAAUUGUAAAGAUAGAUCAAGAUUUUUAAAAGUGCCAUGGCUCACGCUCUGAAGAAAUUAUCUGCUCAAGUAAUCAAAAACAACAAUCUCGAGUCUAUAAUCAGCAAUGCAGCUGUGAGAACUAAUAGCACUUGGUGGGGAAAUGUGCAAAUGGGUCCACCAGAUGUAAUUCUGGGCAUUACUGAAGCAUACAAAAAGGACUCUCAUCCACAAAAAGUCAACCUUGGAGUUGGUGCCUACAGAGAUGAUGAAGGCAAACCAUUUGUGUUGCCAUCCGUAAGAAAGGCUGAAGAAAUUCUUCACAAAAAAGGUCUGAACCAUGAAUAUGCCCCUAUCAGUGGUGAGGCAUCUUACACAGAUGCUGUAGCUAAACUUGCUUUUGGAGAAGACAGUCCAGUUAUUAAAGAAAAAACCAACUGCACAGUACAAACUCUCUCUGGUACUGGUGCCUUGCGUCUUGGUCUUGAGUUUAUCACCAAGCAUUAUGCCAAAAACAAGGAGGUAUGGUUCCCUGCUCCCACCUGGGGAAACCACCCACAAAUUUGCAAUAUGCUUAACCUGCCACAUAAGAAAUACCGCUACUUUGACUCCAAGACCAACGGAUUUGACUUAGAAGGCGCCCUUGAGGACAUCUGUAAAAUUCCAGAGGGCUCAAUUGUUAUGCUCCACGCUUGCGCGCAUAACCCUACUGGAGUCGACCCUAAACCCGAAGACUGGGCUAAACUGUCUCAGGUGAUCAGAGAGAAGAAACUUUACCCGUUCUUCGACAUGGCGUACCAGGGAUUCGCCACCGGCAACGUAGACAACGACGCUUUCGCCGUCCGCCUGUUCGUCAAGGACGGCCACCAGGUCACGCUCGCGCAGAGCUUCGCCAAGAAUAUGGGUCUGUACGGUGAGCGCGCCGGCGCCCUGACGUUCCUGUGCGGCGACGCGGACCACGCCGCCAAAGUGAUGUCGCAGGUGAAGAUCAUGGUGCGCACCAUGUACUCCAACCCCCCGCUGUACGGCGCGCGGCUCGUGCAGGAGAUACUGCUCAACCCUGAACUGAAGCAGCAGUGGUUGGUGGACGUGAAGUCUAUGGCUGACCGCAUCAUCUCUAUGCGCACGCAGCUGCGCGCCGGCAUAGAGGGCGCCGGCAACAAGCACCCCUGGCAACACAUCACCGACCAGAUCGGCAUGUUCUGCUUCACUGGUCUCAAGCCCGAUCAGGUGGAGAGGCUGACGAAGGAGUUCCACAUUUACCUGACGAAAGACGGGCGCAUCUCCGUCGCCGGCAUCUCCUCCAAGAACGUCAACUACAUCGCCGAGGCCAUGCACAAGGUGACCUGCUAAACGACAUAUCCAACUGCCUUAGAUUUUAAGCCGCUAUCUUCUACGACAUUCAUUUUAUAGCUACAGUAUUUCUUCUGUUUUAUUACUUUAUUUAUUUUCGAAUACUUUUCAAAGCAUUUACUUGUAGCAAGUUAAACUUGUGAAAGUUAGUUAACAGAUUAACCUAUAUUGUAAUGUUGUUCUUGUAUUUAAAAUACAUUUAUCUUU